GAGGAGCAGGAGGAGGAGCAGCGGCGAGCCCCGGCGACGGCGGCGGGGCCGGAGCGCGGAGCCCCCGGGAUAGAGCGCGCACCGGGGUGUCCCGGCACCCUGCUCGCCCCGGGCCGCCGCGGAAGAUGGUGGCGGCGCCGUGCGCCCGGAGGCUGGCGCGGCGCUCGCACUCGGCGCUGCUGGCGGCGCUCAUGGUGCUGCUGCUGCAGACGCUGGUGGUGUGGAAUUUCAGCAGCCUGGACUCCGGGGCUGGCGAGCGGCGGCGCGCGGGGACAGCGGCGGGAGCAGCCGAGCAGCAGCAGCAGCAGCCCGCGGCCCCUCGCCGGGAGCGCAGGGACCUGGCUGCCCAUCCGCCCGCAGCCCGCGGAGGACCCGGAGGCCGAGCAGGCGGAGGAGGAGCACGGGGAGGCGGCCCCGGAGGAGCCCGCGCACAGCAGCCUGGCAGCCGCGGGGCACUGGCCGCCCGGGCGAGGGAUCCACACCCAAGUCCACUGGUUACCCUGGAGACCCAGGAUGGCUACUUCUCUCACCGGCCCAAAGAAAAAGUUCGAACUGACAGCAACAAUGAGAACUCAGUCCCAAAGGACUUUGAGAAUGUGGACAACAGCAACUUCGCCCCCAGGACCCAGAAGCAGAAGCACCAGCCCGAGUUGGCAAAGAAGACCCCCAGCAGGCAGAAGGAGAGGCUGCAGAGGAAACUGGAUGCCCAGGACAAAGGGCAGGGGCAGUCAGUCCUGGGCAAAGGCCCCAAGGAGGUGCUGCCUCCUCGGGAAAAGGCCACGGGCGAUAGCAGCCAAGGGAAGGAUCUCUCAAGACUCAGGAAGACCGGUGGCGGUGGGUCCCCCGAAACCAAGUCCGACCAGCCCCCCAAGUGUGACAUCUCUGGCAAAGAGGCCAUUUCAGCCCUGACCCGCGCUAAGUCCAAGCACUGCCGCCAGGAGAUUGCAGAAACCUACUGUCGCCACAAGCUGGGGCUGCUGAUGCCAGAAAAGGUAGCGCGGUUCUGUCCUCUCGAGGGCAAAGCUAACAAGAAUGUCCAAUGGGAUGAGGACAUUGUGGAGUACAUGCCCACCAACCCAGUCAGAAUCGCCUUUGUCCUAGUGGUCCAUGGCCGUGCUUCUCGGCAGCUACAGCGCAUGUUCAAGGCUAUCUACCACAAAGACCAUUUCUACUACAUCCACGUGGAUAAGCGUUCCAAUUACUUGCAUCGGCAAGUGCUCCAGUUCUCCAAGCAGUACGACAAUGUCCGAGUCACCUCGUGGAGAAUGGCCACCAUCUGGGGCGGGGCCAGUCUCCUGUCCACCUACCUGCAGAGCAUGCGGGAUCUCCUGGAUAUGACUGACUGGCCCUGGGACUUCUUCAUAAACCUCAGCGCUGCUGACUACCCCAUCAGGACAAAUGACCAGCUCGUGGCAUUUCUCUCCCGAUACCGAGAUAUGAAUUUCCUGAAGUCACAUGGCCGGGACAAUGCAAGGUUCAUUCGGAAACAGGGCCUGGAUCGUCUUUUCCUGGAGUGUGAUGCACAUAUGUGGCGCCUGGGGGACCGGCGGAUUCCAGAGGGCAUUGCUGUGGACGGUGGCUCUGAUUGGUUCCUGCUUAACCGGAAGUUUGUGGAGUAUGUCACAUUCUCUACAGAUGACCUGGUGACCAAGAUGAAGCAGUUUUACUCUUAUACCCUCCUGCCUGCUGAAUCCUUUUUCCACACGGUCCUGGAGAACAGCCCCCACUGUGACACCAUGGUAGAUAACAACCUGCGCAUCACCAAUUGGAACCGCAAGCUGGGCUGCAAGUGCCAGUACAAGCACAUUGUGGACUGGUGUGGCUGCUCUCCCAAUGACUUCAAGCCUCAGGACUUCCAUCGCUUCCAGCAGACAGCCCGGCCCACCUUCUUUGCCCGAAAGUUCGAAGCCGUAGUGAACCAGGAAAUCAUUGGGCAGCUGGAUUCUUACCUGUAUGGGAACUAUCCUGCGGGCACCCCGGGCCUCCGCUCCUACUGGGAGAACGUCUAUGAUGAGCCAGAUGGCAUCCACAGCCUCAGCGAUGUGGCGCUCACCAUGUACCAUUCCUUCAUCCGCCUGGGCCUGCGAAGGGCCGAGUCAUCUCUACACACUGACGGGGAGAACAGCUGCAGGUACUACCCAAUGGGCCACCCAGCAUCUGUCCAUCUCUACUUCCUUGCUGACCGUUUCCAGGGCUUUCUAAUCAAGCACCAUGUGACCAACCUUGCAGUGAGCAAACUGGAGACACUGGAGACAUGGAUAAUGCCAAAGAAAGUCUUCAAGAUUGCAAGUCCCCCCAGUGACUUUGGGAGGCUUCAAUUUUCAGAGGUUGGCACUGACUGGGAUGCCAAGGAGAGGCUGUUCCGGAACUUUGGCGGUCUCUUGGGGCCCAUGGAUGAGCCUGUGGGGAUGCAGAAAUGGGGGAAGGGGCCCAACGUGACUGUGACUGUUAUUUGGGUGGAUCCUGUCAACGUCAUUGCAGCCACCUAUGAUAUCCUGAUUGAAUCCACUGCGGAAUUUACACACUACAAACCCCCUUUGAAUCUGCCUCUGAGGCCUGGGGUCUGGACAGUAAAAAUUCUCCAUCACUGGGUGCCGGUUGCAGAGACCAAAUUCCUUGUCGCACCUCUGACCUUCUCCAACAAGCAGCCCAUCAAGCCUGAGGAGGCAUUGAAGCUGCACAAUGGGCCACCUCGCAGUGCCUACAUGGAGCAGAGUUUCCAGAGCCUGAACCCGGUCCUCAGCCUGCCCAUCAAUCCUGCCCAAGUAGAGCAGGCCCGGAGGAAUGCAGCCUCCACUGGGACAGCAUUAGAAGCCUGGCUGGACUCUCUGGUGGGUGGGACCUGGACUGCCAUGGACAUUUGUGCCACGGGUCCCACCGCCUGCCCAGUGAUGCAGACCUGUAGCCAGACAGCCUGGAGCUCCUUCAGCCCUGACCCCAAAUCAGAGCUGGGUGCAGUCAAGCCUGAUGGCCGGCUCAGGUAGCAGUGGCCACAUGGGACCUAGGGAGCCUCAAUCCCGGCCUCUGACUUUGUAUGGGGGUUGCCUUUUGUACAAGGAUCUCUGCUGACUGUAGAAUGAUGAAGAGAGGUUUUGGAGGCCAGAAAAGAGUCAGCCUGUAUUUGUCAAGCUGGCCUCUGGGGUAGGUGACUCAGUCCCAGGGCCACAGUGGUCUCCCCUCUAUGGCUGCUUCUCAGUCCUGCAGGUUCCUGUUCUCUCCCUCCGAUGGCCUGCACUUGUCCCUCCAAGUGAAUUUUAAACUUUUUUCUUUUUUCUUUUUUUUUGAGCAGCAGCACUCUGUUUACUCAACACAGUCAGAGGUGGAAGUGCAAGACCAGUAUGAAAUCCAGGCUACUCUGGAUGGAGCUGAGGCCUGUGAGGUUCCUUCUGGAAGCUCAGCCCACCAGGUGGUCCUAUUGCCAAGGGCAUCUCUAAGGUACCUCUUCCGAACCCAAGGGCUCUGUUUAAGCCAGUUUGACAAGCACUGCCCUGACCAAGGGUGGGAUCUACAUCCCACCCUUCCAUUUAUCUCUUGAUUUUUAUGGCUGGGAAACCUGUGCCCAUGCUAAAAGUAGCAAGCUUCUGGAGGCCACAUCCCUGGCCUUCCCAGGGAAGUGGAGGUGUGGGACAAUUCCAAGGUUCCUGUUGCUGCUCAGUGAGUUGUUUUCAGUGCAAACCAGAGGUUCCAGAAAGCCUUUUGAUGCAAAGUGGCCAAAAUUCCCCAGACAUGUGACUGCCAAUUUGCCAUCUGUCCAGGUCAACCUCUUCCAAGGCUGUCACAAAUGGUAGCAGGAGCAGGGUAAAACAUAUAGAGCCAGAGUUUCAAUUCUCCUACCUGCCCGUGGGCUGGGAGACAGCUACUGUGGCCUCUUUGGUACUUGAAAGGGAAGCAAUGGAGAAGCAAGACUCUGAAUCCCAAAAGCGGAUUACUUGGACCCAAGCUUCUAAGUUGGAUGGUAUCACAGAACCACCCCUUCUGUUCUGAGGUCAGGUACUCCAAACCUUCAUGUACUGUGCACUUGGUGCUGUUGGCUGUGACCAAACUGUAUUGAUCAGACUUCCUCACCAGGAACAAACAUUUCAGAUUGGG